AUGGAUUACAGCCUGACCCUCUACGCGGAGUCAGACUUGCCCAGCAGCGCUCUCAUCUCCCUGGGUAAAGGCCGUCGACAGCCCCAGUCCCCCUUCUCUGGGAGCCAGGAACAGGCGGCUCUGCCAACGGGAUGUCACCCCCACCAGCCACAGGGGGAGCUGCACUCGCUCUCGCGCUCUCGACGGGCCGGGCGAUCCGACUCGCAGUCGCCUCAAUGUGACUGGCUGACUGUUUCGGAAGCUUUCUACAAUGGGCACCUGCUCAGGACUGUGAGUCAGCGAAAAUGUCAGUUCAACUCUCUCUCUAUCUCUCUUUGUCUCUCAGCUGCUCUGCAGGUGUCCAUCUCUCUGAACAAAGUGGAGCUGAGCGUUGGAGAGUCAAAGUUCUUCACUUGUACAGCGAUUGGGGAGCCGGUGAGGCUGGAGUGGUUCAACCCCCAGGGAGAACGCAUCACUUCCUCUCCGAGGGUGGCCCUGCACACGGAGGGGGUCCGCUCCAGGCUCACCGUCUACAACGCCAUCGUAGAGGAUGCCGGCAUCUACCGCUGCCAAGCCACCGACGCCAGGGGCCAAACCCAGGAGGCCACCGUGGUUCUGGAGAUAUACCAGAAGCUGACGUUCCGCGAGGUGCAGUCCCCGCAGGAGUUCCGCCACGGAGAGGUGGCCGAGGUCAUCUGUGACGUCAUCAGCUCGCCAGUGCCCGUGGUGGCGUGGUACUACCAGAACAUGGAAAUCACAGAGGAGCACUACAGCAGGUUCCAGGUUCUUCCCAACAACAAUCUCCAGAUCCACAAGGUGACCAAGGCUGACGAGGGGGUGUACCGCUGUGAGGCGAGAGUGGAGGCCCGUGGCGAGAUCGACUUUGUGGAUAUUGCCGUGGUGGUGAACGUCCCGCCCGUGCUGUCGGUGACGCAGCUGUCCUUCAACGCCACGGCCGACUACCAAGAAUCCGUGACCUUCACCUGCGAUACCUCUGGUUCCCCUGACCCUGAAGUCACCUGGCACAGGAAGGGGCUGCAGCUGGAGCCGUCGGAGCAGUACGUGUUCAACGUCCUGGACGGGGGCCGGAGCACUCUGACCAUCCGCAACAUCCGGCAGGCAGAUGGAGGGGUCUACACCUGCAAGGCCAGCAACAAGGCUGGGGCCCAGGAGAAGGAGCUCUUCCUCAAGGUGUUUGUUCAGCCCCACAUCACCCAGCUGAGGAACGUGACGGCCGUGGAGGCCAGCGCAGCCAUGAUUUCCUGCGUGGCCGAGGGCGAGCCCCUUCCGGAGAUCUCGUGGAGGAGAGCCAGCGACGGCAAGACAUUCUCUGAUGGAGACAAGAGCCAAGACGGGCGUGUGGAGGUGAGGGGUCGUCACGGGAAGUCCAUGCUGACCAUCAGUGGGGUCAAGCUGUCAGACCUGGGCCGGUUCGACUGCGAAGCCCUCAGCAGAAUCGGAGGGCACCAGAAAAGCAUGUUCCUAGACAUAGAGUAUGCGCCCAAGUUCCUGACCAACCACACCAUCUUUUACUCCUGGGAGGGCAACCCGGUCAACAUCAGCUGUGACGUCAUGUCUAACCCUCCGGCCACCAUGCUGUGGAGGAGAGAGCGCUUCACCAUCUCUUCAGAGGGCACUGCCAACGUCCAGAUACACGCCGCUGAGGGCAGGUCCUUACUGGAGGUCACCCCUGUGUCAGACCGGGACUUCGGUCGCUACAACUGCACUGCCAGAAACAACAUCGGAGCCAAAUACCAGGAGUUCAUUUUGGCUCAGGCAGACGUACCGUCGAACCCCUACUCGGUGCGGCUCUCUGCCGUGUCCCAACGGGUUGCCACGGUGACCUUCAUGAAGCCAGACUCCCAUGGGGGAGUCCCCAUCGGUCACUACCUGGUCCAAUACAAGGAGACCGGCUCCCAGGACUGGAGGCACGUCAAGUCCCAUGGUGUUCAGAUGACAGUGUUGCUAACGAGCCUGGAGCCCAACACAACGUACGAGGUGCGUGUCGCCGCCGUCAACGGGAAGGGCCAGGGAGAGUUCAGCCACACAGAAACCUUCCAGACUCUGCCCAUACGAGAGCCCAGCCCCCCAGCGGUGCACGGCCAGAGGGGGGUAGGAAAGGUGUACAGGCUUGGGCUGGUCAAGCAGGACGACGGGGGCAUGCCCAUCGUGGAGUACAUCGUCAAGUACAAAACGGAUAAGGAGGAGCAGUGGAUGACCAAGCUGGUCCCAGGGCUCAGCGACUUCGCCCUGCUCCAGCCUCUGCAGUGGAACACCCGCUACGAAGUGGAGAUCACCGCCCGCAACGUCAAAGGCCUGUCAGAACCCGCCUUCUACCAGUUCUUCAUGCCUCAGAAACCCGACAUCACAGCAGAAUCCCUGUUCAGCGGUCUGGGCCUGGGGCCGGUGGUGGGGCUGGGCCUGGCCGGCCUUCUCCUGGUCCUGGUCCUGAUCGACGUCAGCUGCUUCUUCCUGCGCCAGUGCGGCCUGCUCAUGUGCAUCACCCGCCGGCUGUGCAGCAAGAAGACGGCCACCAGCGGCAAGAGCAAGGAGAUGGAGGAGGGGAAGGCUGCCUACCUGGGUGAUGGGUCCAAGGAUCCCAUCGUUGAGAUGAGGACAGAAGAGGAGAGAGGGACUAACCCGGACGACGGGAGUCCAGUGAAUGAACCCAAUGAGACCACUCCUCUCACAGAACCAGAGAAGUUACCCCUGAAGGAGGAGAACGGGAAGGAGACUCUGAAGCCAGACAUGAUCGAGAUCAAAGUUCACAGCGAGAACAGUCUCCACACAAAGCAUGAGGACAGCAAAGCGUAAUGAGAUCGAACGCCCUCCGCCGCCACCAGAACAUUCCGAGCUCCCUCUCCCUGAAACCCGAACCCAGAAAAACAAACACACACCCCGACGAGGAAAAAAAGAGGAGUACAAAAAAAAAAAAUACAUCGGUUUGUAAUUAUGGUUCUGUAAAUAUAAAAUAUGAGAGGGCAAAAUGGAGGCACCCAGAGAGACGGGUGCUCGGGCCCAUUGAUCGGUAAAGGCUCUCUCUAUCAAAGAUGGCUCCUGUUCAAUACACUUAUUGAUCAGUGGUUGUAUAUUGGUUUUGAUGUUUUGGUUGGUUUCACGUUUUUUUUGUUUUCCCUUGGCUGUGGCUUUUCUAGUGCUUCUCUGUCUUGAUUUGACACCUCACUUAAGAAUUGUUUCCUCUCAUCAUUGGCACACACACACACACACACACAUGCUGUAGACAAACACAUACCUACAUGGAAGAAAGUAGAGUACCAAUUCCCGUUCCAAAGGUCCCUGCUAUGACUAAGCUCUCCCAUCACCUCCACAGACUAACCUAUCAUCCCUGUGGUGGAGUAUGUAUAAACCACCUUGCUGGGGCCAGCACACACUCCAGUCCAUCAUACAAACUGUAUUUGUGUGCUUGGCUACGACUACCCAUUUAUCUCCUAGCGGCUCUGAGCUAGAACUAAACCGAACACGAGCCAUGUCGAGAGACAGCACCAUGCGAAGCAAGGAACCACAAAGUUCGACACAGUGACGCUCAUUUAGCAGCUGCUCCAAGGGCUUCUGAGCGGGCCUUUCAAUGCUGUCCUUCCCCUGUUCUAAUUUUGCGAUGAUAAAUGUCUGAAAAUCAAACAAAGUGGAAUCGUAACGGUUUCUAUCGCACAUCAUCCACUGCAAAAAAAGCUAUUUUCUGUGUAAAUACAGUUUGCAUAUAUGAUCAAAGGAAUUUUGACCAUCAAUCUGCCACUGCUCUUUCAGUUCUAUAACAUGGUUUUCAGUUUCCAAGCACUGAGAACAAGAAGAGGGCUAUACUGUAUCAGAAAAAUGGAAGAUCUAAAAUUAGCAACCAUGCCAAGUUGUCUAAAUUGUCCUGGAAAAGAAGAUCAUUAGAUAAUAGAAUAGAAUUGUAAACAGGAUUUUUAUUUUAUUUUGGGGGUCCCCUCCCCCAAAACAGUUUUUUUUUGUAUAUAUGAAACAAGUCAGUAGGGCUUGAUGUCAUUUUUAGGAGUGAAUAUCAGGCUAAUCUUAAGUUAUUGUUGAAAUUCCACUUAUAAGAUUUCAGAAUAUAAAAAAGUGGAAAAGAUAUGAUUAAGAAAGCAAAAUAGUCUUCAGACGUUUUGAUAAUGAAAUUUUAGUGGACCCUCCAAGAGUCAUACGUCAUUUCGAACCCUGAUGGUAAGACCACAAAACUGAGAGAACUCAAAUAUUUAGCCUCUUUAUAGGGAUUGUGUAAAUAUGCUUUUCAAGAUUCUGGAAGACACUUGUUAAAACGGUUGAUGGAUAUACCAAUAUUGUGCAGUGUUGAGAAUUGCUGAGCUCUGAAGCUGGCUUGUGUUGAUGCAGUGGGUUUGGGCACUGUUUCCCAUGUGCUUGUAAGGUUUUGACUGUGAUAAGGGUUCAGUGUUUCGUUUUUUUCUUGUUUCUUGUUUUCCCUCAGACGUCGACGAUGAACAAGAGUGAACAUUACGUUGUUCCUUUGUUUGUACAGCAAACUAACCAGGAAACACAUUCAGUUUUUCAAUGAUUUGCCUCCUGUUCCAUCUCCAAGGACAUGUUUUGUCAGGACAAAAAAAUAAUUGAUGUGCAUCCAAAUGAAAUGUGAACAUUGAAUGUGGUCGUCAUACAGUUUUGUGAGUAGUUAUUGAAGAUGAAAAAAGCAACCACUAGUACUUAGUGUGCUCGAGUCAACGUCAAGACUUUCAGGCUCAUGACUGGUCUCAUUUCAAGUCAUCAGUUUUGUCAUCAACCAGCAACGUCCAGAUUUGGAUCUCUUCAAGAAUGGAGAGAUCUAAACACAAAAGUAUUUUUUGUGAUGAAAUUAUGAUUAAUGUUGACUAUUAAUGAUGUAUAACGUUCAGAUGACCAAAACCGUCUAUGUUGUUGUUUUGCUUCCCACACGUAAAAGGCAGAUAUUUACAACAAGUACCUGAUUUGGAAUGGAAAAUGUUUUUGUCUGUUAAUUUUCUUUACUCUGAUGUUGUCAUGUUAUUGUAAAUAGGUGACCAAAAAAAAAGAUAUUUUACAAAGCUCUUAUGUAAAUAUAACCAGGAGGUCUGUCGUUUUUUCAAAUCAAACUGGCUUGGCUGUCUUGUGAAAGCUCUCCGGAUGAAUAGCUUGUUUUGUUCAGCUCUGUUUUGGUUCAGAGUUCAGUGACAGUGUAACAUUGCUUCUUACUCUUCAUUUGCCAUUCUCUCCAGAAAACAUCGAGACAAGAUUUCCCAGAGCUUCAGCAGAAGCUAUUAAGAUGUUAGCAUGUUAGCGUGCCUCUUUCUUUUCCUACUGCCCCUUGCUGCUGAGCCAGCAGUGGGAAACACACAUUCCUGCUUUGCUUUAAUUGUGUCUGACUACCACCGGUCUAAGACCACGGCAAUCUCAGUUACCAAACAGAUCUUCACAGUGCCAAGGUUAGAGAUUCAAACUGCAGGGGAUAUUGAUGAUGGACUCUGAUUGAAGAAACAGAAAGUAUUGAAUGCUGGGAAAUGAAGUUCAUUCACCCGAGUCACACAUCUUAACAGGUGUGUGUGUAUGUGUGUGUGCGUGCGUGCGUGUGUGUGCUUCGAUUCUGAAUACUCUGCCGAAAAACCAGAUGAUGGAAGUUUAUGUUGGUUAUCUAUAGCCUGCAUGUCUGAGAUUUCCCCUCUGUACUGCUUCUCAGGCUCCAAUGGUUUUUAUCCACCACCCUCAUGAAACUGGCUUUGUUUGUGACAAGCCCUGGUACCUAGCCCCCCCCCGCCCCCCCCACCUCUCCAUCCCCACGCCGCAGCCCCAGAGUUGCUCUGUAUUCUGUUACGACCACUGUAAAUAAGGAGCACAGUCUGGCGGCCAUGAGAUUUGUACAUGUUCUUUUAUAUCUGAAUAUCAGUCCCCCCCCCCAUUCUCCUACAUCACUCUGCUCUCACUUUCCCUCUCUCUCUCUCUCUCUCUCUCUCUCUCACCCUCUCUCCCUGACAUCCUCAGCCCUGCUCUGUCUCUGUCUGUCUCCCUGCAGGGAGUAGUACAGCUGUGUGUUUGAGCUCAGUAUGUUGGUCCUCCGGUAACCUCUAGCCACCCUCUCCACCUCCCAGACUGUGUGCUUACACAGGGGGCUGGAGACUGUCCAGGUUUCCCUGUGCCUGGGAAGCACCUACCAACCACCUGCCUUUCUGUCUCAGCUGUAAAUAAACAUGUCCUGGUAUAAGAUGACGUGUGUUG